AUGCCACAGCGCAUGUCGGCGCUGUAUCAAUACCACAAUGCUCCCGAAGUCGCCCCAGCACACGGCCUCGAAUACGACGACAACGUCUACCCGUCCUCGGACAAGUAUCCGGUGGUGCGGGAGACGGGCGCAUACGACAGGAUCGACAGGCGCGGCUUCGCCGACAACAACAAGCCGCCGCGCAUCAUAUUUGGAAUGAAGAUUAAAACGUUCCUGGUCGUGGCAUUGAUCAUGAUAUUGAUCGUGGUCGGAGCCGCAGUAGGCGGUGCGGUUGGAGGAAAGCAGUUGAGGGAGGACCAUAGCCAGCUAUACAAUGGCACCUUCGCGACAGCAACACCAGCAGCGAGCCCGACUGCCACAUUCACAGCAGCAACCCCAACAUACACCCCACUCUCCGACUGUCCGGAAUCAAACGAUACUGGCUACACUUCAUCCUUUGACAAAUUAACAGACCAACCGGAUGCGGGUCUCAAAUUCACCAAACUCUGCGAUCUUGCGAGUCCCAUCUCGGAUUCUCAACGAAUAGCAGAGGCAUAUGUCUACAGUUUCAGCGACUGCGUCGAAGUUUGUGCAAGCUAUAAUUAUUGGAGCAAUAGCAGAAACUGCACCGUUGCCGUGUAUCUUCCAGACGGCAAGCGGCCCGGGAACUGCUGGACCGGCCAAGUCAACGACGUGCAGGCUAGCUCACUUAAUAGCACGAUAGGGACCAACGUCGCACUGCUGGACGCGUGA